GGAGCCCCACGGUUGGCCACGCGCCGCGCCGCGGCCACCGGCCGGAUGAGGGACGCAGGGGCAGAGCGCUCAUGCCACGGCUGGCGGGGGCACUGCGCACUGGCUGCCUCCCUCCUCUGGCCAAUUCUCCUGCUGCUGCGCGUCCAGUCCACCUCGUCCCUCUCUGCAGGUCCACUGACCCAUCUGAUUACCAGAUCCUGCUUGGGUACGACCAGCUAAGCCAUCCCACGGAGCACAGCCAGCAGAUGACAGUGAAUAAGAUCAUGGUGCACACUGACUAUAACAAGUUGCAGCGCAUGGGGAGUGACAUUACCCUGCUGCAGCUGCACCGUCAUGUGGAAUUCAGCUCCCACAUCCUCCCCGCCUGCCUUCCGGAACCAACCAUGUGGUUGGCCCCUGACAGCUGCUGCUGGAUAUCUGGUUGGGGAAUGGUCACCGAGGAUGUCUUCCUGCCUGAGCCCUUCCAACUUCAGGAGGCAGAGGUCAGUGUCAUGGACAACAGUGUCUGUGGAUCCUUUUUCCAGCCCCAGUACCCUGGCCAGCCAAGCAGCAGUGACUACACCAUCCACGAGGACAUGCUGUGCCCUGGGGACCUCAUCACAGGAAAGGCCAUUUGCCGAGGAGACUCCGGGGGUCCCCUCGUCUGCCCGUUAAAUGGCACCUGGUUCCUGAUGGGGCUGUCUAGUUGGAGCCUCGACUGCCUCUCACCCGUCGGCCCCAGCGUCUUCACCGGGCUCCCCUACUUCACCAACUGGAUUAGCUAGAAGAAGAGGGAGAGCCCCCCUCCAGAUCCCGCCGUGGCUUCUCCUCAGGAAAUGCCCCCAGCCCUGGACAGCAUGACCUGUCAGGGCACCGUCCACAAGACCGGGCUCUGUGCAGCCCUUCUGGCUGCUCACACCUUCCUCCUGCUGCUGAUUCUCCUGGGGAGCCAGUGA